CCCUUAAACCCCACUAUACUCCUGCAAAAUACAAACACCCUACACAUUUCUUUUUCUGCUAUAUAUAACACAUUACUCUCUCACAACUCUCACUCUCUGUCUCUCUCUGUCACCCACGCACAAACUCGAUCUCUCUCUUUCUCUCUGUUCAACACAGCAACCGACCCCUGCAGCUAGCCUGGCCAUCACCACCGCCACACCGAAGCCAUGCAGCAAAAGAAAGCAGAGGAAAAAGAGAAAAAACCCAAGUUCUUCAUCAACGACCACGCCGACAUCCUCACAGAGAUCCUGAAACGCCUAGACGGGCCCUCCCUCGGCGUCGCCGCAUGCGUUUGCCGCCUCUGGUGCGCCAUUGCUCGCAACGACUCCCUCUGGGAGCACCUCUGCUUCCGCCACGUCGCCUCCCCGCCCCCCUCCUCCGUACGACCCGUCGUUCUGGCCCUCGGAGGCUACAAGCGCCUCUACAUGGUCUGCGUCCGACCCGUCCUGACUCGACUCGGCCACUCUGACCUUGUCAGACGCCGUGUCUGGACUCGCGACGAGGUGCAACUCUCUCUCUCUCUCUUCUGUGUCGACUACUACGAGCGGAGACUCGGUGGUGCGUCUGCUUCGUCCCUCAUGUUCCUCUGCAAGCCCGUCAACGUUUGAUUUGUUUACCUUUUAGCACUUCGACUAGUUAUUACUAUAGUAUGAAUCAAUAAAUCAAGAAAACGAAAUUUUAUUUAUUGCAUUAAUUAUU